AAUCAUUUUUCUCAGUGUAUGACAGGACUUUUACUUUCUGACCCCUGGACUUUCCACCUCUGUUGCCAACCCAUUGCGCUUUGGUGAAAAAUUCGGUUCAGAACUGCAGACACGAAUAAAAAGUGUUAAUAAACUACAAACAUGGCGAAUGUGAGAGAGAGAGAGAGAGAGAGUGAGUAUGAGUGUUCACGCUGCCUGCAGAGUUUUACUCAGCUAUAACAGACAAGCAGCACUGUCAUCUUCAGCUCUUUCUAGCUUUAUUUUAUUUAUUCAUUUAUUUAUUUUUUUUACUUUAUUACGAAAGGUUCAACGUUUAUUAUAACAUGUAUGUUGUUGAAGUACAGUUGUGUGUUCAUGUUUAAAUUGCAGCCAUUACUAAAUUAGGAACUGUUGUCAGUUUAAGUCGUAGCAGAAUGGCAAAGAAAAUAUUUGACAUGUUUAUAUUCUUCAGUUUAAGCUUAUGGAGUGGUGUGUUUGGUGGUGAUGCAGUGAAGUCAGAGUCAGUGACGGAGGGAGAGUCGGUUACUCUAGAAAUUGAUGAUACUACAGAUAAUGAGACACGGUGGAGAUUUGGACACAAGCACAUUCUCAUAGCUCUAAUCAACAGAGAAAAUGGAAAGAGAAACGUUCAUGAUGAUGCUCUUGAUGGGAGAUUCAGAGGCAGACUGCAGCUGGAUCAGACUGGAUCUCUGACCAUCACAGACACCAGAACCACAGACUCUGGACUUUAUGCAGUAAUCGGCAGCAGAACACAGACGCCACUCAACACAUUCAAUCUUACCGUCUAUGCUCGUCUUUCUGUUCCUGUCAUCAGCAGAAACGGUUCAUCACCUUCAUCCUCAGAGCAGAGUUGUUCAUUGUUGUGUUCAGCUGUGAAUAUCGAGUGUGUGGAUGCUUCCUACAGCUGUGUGAUCAACAACUCCAUCAGCAACCAGACCACACAUCUCAACACUCAACUCUGCAAGCCAUGUGCAGCCCAUAUCUGCUCUUGUGGUGUUACUGAAGCUGUGAUCCGAUUGGCUCUCUCUGCUCUGGUGGGCGUGGCUGCUGUGGCUGUUCUUGUUUAUGACAUCAGAUCCAGAAGUCUUCGACAGAAGAGAGAGCAGACGUCACCAAGCUCUGAUUAAUCAGAUACUCAGGAAAGUGGAGAUGUUGCUGAACAACUGUAGACAUUUUAUUAUAAAAAUGUAAGCUAUGAUUAAUGUUGUUUGUUUAAUGUGUGCUUUUUUAGUAGCUAAAUGUAUGACAUUGUAAAUGUAUUUGUCUUGUUGGUGAACACUGUAAAAAAAAAAAAGUUGUUAAGUAAGUUCAACUUAAAAUAAUUUGUUACCUGGCUGCCUUAAAAUCUUGCGUUCAAUAAGCUAAAAAACAUUUGUUGUUCACACAUAUAUUGGAGUUCCUUAAACCUAGAUUUAAUAGUUGGGGUAACAAAGGAGAAGCUGAAUCAACUUUAUACUUUGUAUAACCAACAUGUUUUUAGUAAGCCCAACUAGACGAGAAAGUUGUACCAAACUAAAUUCAAGUUGAAACAACAUAAAAUUAGUGAGACCAACAAACAUUGAGUUGUUUAAACUAAGCAUUUUGUUGAAUAAACUUGUAAGUAUAAGUUCUGCAAACGUAAUACAAAUUGGCCAAACUAAGCGUCUUGUUGAAUUAACUUAUAUUUUUAAGGCAGCCAGGUUACUUUUUCAAGAAUAGUUCAUCUUACUAGUGAUGUUAAGUUCAUUCAACUGGCUGAACUAUGUAAUUUGCCCACACAACUCAAGUUUCUAUUUUCUACUCACAUAAAAUAAAAUA